AUGACUUUGACUUCUAAGUCCGAAGUAAAUGGACGUUUCGAUUAUUCACAAGAUAUUGGGAUAGAGUUCAAAACUGAGUCACUUUUGUGUCGCGUGAAGUAUCAAAAUAAUUUACCUGAACUUCCAUUCGACCCCAAAUUCUUAACAUAUCCACUUGAACCGUCUAGGUUCGUGGACUAUGUUGCAACGACCUUAGAGAGGAAUUGCCAGCACGAUCUACUCAAUGAUACAGAUUUAGGUGUGGAGGUCGAUCUAGUAGAUCCAGUGAUUUUCCAUAUUGAAACGAACCCAAUUCAUCACCCGGAUGAUGAGAAACUCCUAGAGGAUGAAGUCCCUGCGUCUUCAAAUACACGAAAAUCUAGACACCAAAAGUCAGUCUCAUGGCUGAGGAAGACCGAAUAUAUAUCCACGGAGCUGUAUAAUCGUUGGAAUAAAUCUGAAAAGGUGGAGUCACGGCUGGGUUACAACGUUAAGCGUCAUCUCAACGAAGAGAUAGUUUACCGUGAUCGUGACAGCCAGAUAAAUGCCAUCGAAGAAACCUUCAUAGCUGCCAGCAAGCCUAUUCACAAACAUUAUAGCAAGCCUAAUGUUCAUGCUGUGGAAGUGCUUCCAAUCCUACCUGACUUUACACUAUGGAGGUAUCCAUGUGCUCAGGUUAUUUUCGACGACGAUCCUAUUCGCAAAAACAAAACUUCCUCACAAAAAGACGAUGUUAGUCAAGCAAUGAUUCGUGGUAUGAUGGAUGACUCUGGUGACCAUUUUGUUGCAUAUUUUCUGCCUACUGAAGAAACUAAACAGUUAAGUUGUUUCGACGCAGAAGUUCAGAUGCCAUAUACCGAAGGUGCUGCAUACGAAUAUGAACUCACUCGGGAGUACAACUGGAAUGUGAAAAACAAAACUAUGGUCAACUAUGAGGAGAAUUAUUUCUUCUGUUUUCGUAAAGAUGGAGUCUAUUAUAAUGAAUUGGAAACACGUGUUCGCCUCAGUAAACGGCGUAAAUUAAACCAGUCGGGAACGAAUAUUGGCGCUUCAAAACCUCUUAAAACUCGCCUAGUUGUUCAUCAUCGAGGAUUUACAGAUGAAGAAUUAGAGGCUCAGACUAAUCGAUUAUAUAUGCUUGAACAUGAUAUUGAAAGUGAAGAUGGCAAUGCAAGUGCUGAUGAAGAUGGCGUUAAUAAAGAAGAAGGGAUAGAUGAGAAAAAAAAGAACACACAAAGAACUAAUGAUAUCGGAAGUGACGAUGGUGAAGAAGAGGAGGAACAAGAAGAGGAAGUCAGUGAAGAUCAAAAUACUGAAGCUGGUGAAGAUGUGGCAGAAGAAGAUGAGGAUGAAGAGGAGGAGGAGGAGGAAGAAGAAGAAACUGAGGAGACUAAAACUCAGAAACGUGUUCCCCCCACUAAAUCUACUAGACGUAAAGUGUAUGACUCCGAUGAUGAUGAUGUUGAUGUUGA